CGUUUUUUCAGAGGCGCCGCUGCCAACGCCGCUGCCGGCGUACACGGCGCGCUUUGUCUCGAGCUUUAGUCGCUUGUGUGUGAUAAAAUCACGUUAGUAAUCAAUUGCAGGCCCAACAGCCCAGACCACAAAGAGAAGCAGUCGCAGUCAGUCGCACCACCGAUCCACGAUCCACUGAUCCACCGAUCCACGCAAUUGUUGCUGUUUCUUUUUUAGACAAAAAAGAGAUAUAUUUUUUUUUGGGCUGUUUAAAUUUUGGCCAAAACGCCACACCCACACACUCCCACGUCCCGCUCACACACACACACACACGCACGCGACAGAGACAGCAUGAGGCAGCCAAGUAGACAGCACAUCCUGGCGCUCCUGAUCCUCGGCAGCGCCGCCUGCCUCAUUAGCGCCGUACCGCUCCCGCAGCCCGCCAACGGCAACUCCGAGCUGGACGUCCUCCAAAUCCCGCUUGCCAAUGGCAAGGAAAUCGAUGUCUUGACAUUGGGCGCCAAAGACCAAGAAUCAUUGAUAGCCGAUCGCAACAAACGAACGAUUGGACUGCUGCGCGAACUUUUCCCCGACAUCACCAAGCAAAUCGACGAGCAGGCGAACCGCAUUAUCUCGAAGCUGCUGAGAACUUUGGGACCCACCGUUCUGCGUACCGCCAUCCAGGGAAAUACUGCAAAUGCGGCCAGGACCAGUUUCGAUGCGGACUUCGAUGAUGAUGACGAUGAGAGCUCUAAGAGCAGCAGCAGCACCUCCACCACAUCCGGUGGUGAUAGUGGCACCCGUGUGACCAUCGAACUCCCCACCUUCGAACCCGAUGAUGACAACGAGAUCGAUGCAGAAAAGAGCAGCGACAGCAGCUCCACCAGUACCACAACCACUGAGUCCACCUAAACACUACAACAGCCACCCAACCACCCUCUGCAAAUUUUGAAAUAAAUAUUAAAGGAGAAUGAUAAAAUGAAAGUGAAGUUCUCAUUGAAUUGGCAUUGUUAACCAACACUUGAUUGUUUUGAAAUUACCUUUAGCACACUAGUUUUCAGAACACACGCAUACUCACCAGUUUUCUCUCUCUGUCUCUUGUUUUCCACCUACAUGUCUCCCUCGCUCGCUCUCCGUUCUCCUCUCACACUUCCUCUAUAGCGCUCUUUUCCAUCUUUUCGUUCAACUUUCCUUUGCAUCUACUUUUAAACUAUUUGCUAUAUUUUCUGUUCCAACCUAUCCUGCCUUCUCAUGCGCACCCUCAUUCCACUUAGGUUAGUAGGUGUUUUUUACAAAUUAAAAUUUAUAUAUUCUACAUUUAUAUUGUAUUAGUUUUGUAAGUCAUUUUUUAAUACAUUUCCAAAUAUACCGAUAUAAUUGUAUCCUUUGCGACUUUUUGCUUAAACCUGAAUAAUCACGUUUUUAGUGAUCUCAAAACUUUAUAAAUUGUGUCUAAAAGCCUGCAUCUUUGUAUAUACCACAUUAAUACUCCCCUUCCUGCUCUAAGACACAUUUUUUGUGAGUUUUGAUAUACCUAGAGAUUUUUGAAACCCCGAAAAAAAUCCAUUUACACUUUUGGUGCCAAGACAGACUCGAAAAAAAGCGUGUAAAAUACCCAUUAAUCUCCAUUGGUCACUUUUGAUGCCAAGGUAACUUGUAGGUUUGGUUGGGUGUUUUUCUCACCACAGCACUCGUCUGAACACUCAACACACUUACGAGUGCAUUCACAUACUUAGCUUUCUUUGCUAUCAUCCCCAGAUAUAUUCGAUACUCAGUGUACUCAUUUCCGCACUCAUUUCGCCGUCCUCGUUUUCCGCCCGCCGCAGAAUAAAGAAGCAAAAACAAAAGAGUUGACAAGGAUUUUCAUUUAUUUUUUGUUGGCAAAGAAAGAGAUUCAAUUGUUAUCUUUUUAGAACCUUAACGCCUAAAUAAAACCCAAGGAAGCGUGAACGAUAGUCGAUGUCUGAUAAAGUGGAUUUCUAGACUAAGCGCUCCUCUCUAACUCUCUCUAUCUCUUUCAAUCUGUGCUGUCUCGCUCCUUUUGUUUUUCUCUUUUGCUUAUUUUUGUAUCUUUUUCUCUUUAUUUUCAUGUUCCAUUAAAACCCGAUUCGAUUUGUGCAAUGCAAAUAACUCACCACCAAAACAAUCAAAUCAAUCAAAAAAUUACGAACAACGAUCCACCGAAAACUGAUAACCGAUAACGAUAACUGACAACCGCAAAUGUAUACACAAAUACAUCGAACGCAUUUGUGCACGUAUUCGAUAACUGCCCAUCAAUCAAUCAAUCGAUCGAUUUCGAAACCACAAUCGACAACAAAAAUCGCCUGUGCAAAUGAUCAACCAAAACCACCUAACCUCUUUGUCUCCACCUAACCUCACAUUCACCCUAACCUCACAAACUAUAAAAUAACCUGACUUUUCGUGAACUCACCAAAUCCGAAAACACUGAAAAAACGAAAACAAAACGAAACGAAACACACACAAAACAUACUGUUGAACACACAUAACUCGUCUCCAAAUCCUACGCUUUGCCUUUCCCUCCACCCCUCCACCUUGGGCUUUCCUACCACCCCUUGAACCAACCACUAUCCUCCCCUCCCCCAUCCUUUCCCCACACGCACAUAAUCAACGUCCAAAUUCCAAAUUUCUAAACAAACACGCACAAUAAAAAACAAUGCAACAAAUGCCCUACCAAAAAUAUUACAAAAAUCAAAUGACAAAAAUUCAAAACGAAAAAACCCAAAAGAAUGGAGCCACCGAUACCCAGAUCGAUUUGUCGGCCAUCAACAAGCAAUUGGAGGA